AGGACAGACCUCACACGAGGGAGCGAUCGCUCACUUUCUGCAGGGGAAGGACCAGGGAAGGAGCCUCACGCUGGGAUAGGGCAUCCCCGUCGCUUCCAGGAGCCAGACAGAGAGAGAGACAGAGAGAGAGCGCACCAGGGGGGGGACAGGUGCUCCAGCGUUUCACUCAGGCCCACGUGCCGCGCGCUUUCGGGCGUUUGUUUAUUUAUUUCUUUUUUUCCCGCCCGCGUCGCGCCUCCCGCAGACCCGCCGGAGGAUUAUGUUGCGGGGGCUGUUCCGCCGCAAGCAGCACAAGCGGCUGGAGGAGGAGCCCGAGGUCAAGUUCAGAGGGAAGGUGAUCUCCGAGACCGAGCUGGAAUGCACCUACGUGCGCCCGGGAGGCUCCAACUACUCGAGCCCCUCCCUCCCUCCCCCGCCGGGGCUGAACGACCACGACCAUGCGGUGGUGGGGCUGGCGCCGGAGCACAUCCCCACGGCGGGGGCGGCGCUCACCUGGCAGGCGGCCAUCGACGCGGCGCGGCAGGCCAAGCUGAUGGGCAACGCCAGUGCGCCCAUCUCCACCGCCAGCUCCACGCAACGCAAGCGGCAGAACUACGGCAAGCCCAAGAAGCAGACCAGCACGGCCACCACCCGGCCGCCCCGCGCCCUGCUCUGCCUAACGCUCAAGAACCCCAUCCGCCGGGCCUGCAUCAGCAUCGUGGAGUGGAAACCCUUUGAAAUAAUCAUUUUGAUGACUAUUUUUGCUAACUGCGUGGCCUUAGCUGUCUAUAUCCCCUUCCCCGAGGACGACUCCAACGCCACAAACUCCAAUCUGGAACGGGUGGAGUAUCUGUUCCUCAUCAUUUUCACAGUGGAAGCAUUUCUGAAGGUAAUAGCCUAUGGACUGCUCUUCCACCCCAAUGCGUACCUGCGCAACGGAUGGAACCUGCUGGAUUUCAUUAUAGUGGUUGUAGGGCUUUUUAGUGCUAUUUUAGAACAAGCCACCAAAGGGGACGGGGCGACGCCCAUCGGAGGGAAGGCCGCGGGCUUCGACGUGAAGGCGCUGAGGGCGUUCAGGGUGCUGCGGCCCCUCAGGCUGGUGUCCGGAGUGCCCAGCCUGCAGGUGGUGUUGAACUCCAUCAUUAAAGCCAUGGUCCCGUUGCUGCACAUCGCGCUCCUUGUCCUCUUCGUCAUCAUCAUCUACGCCAUCAUCGGCCUGGAGCUCUUCAUGGGCAAGAUGCACCGCACCUGCUUCUUCUACCGCGACGGACACCUAGGUCCCACCUCUGAGGAGAAGCCUGCCCCCUGCGCCCAAGCGCACGCCCACGGCAGGCAGUGCAGCCCGGAGAACAUCACCAAGUGCGAGAUGGGCUGGGAGGGGCCCAACUACGGCAUCACCAACUUCGACAACUUUGCCUUUGCCAUGCUGACGGUCUUUCAGUGCAUCACCAUGGAAGGCUGGACGGACGUGCUGUACUGGAUGCAGGACGCUAUGGGCUAUGAGCUUCCCUGGGUCUAUUUUGUCAGUCUGGUCAUCUUUGGAUCCUUUUUCGUACUAAAUCUGGUUCUGGGGGUGUUGAGCGGGGAGUUCUCGAAGGAGCGAGAGAAGGCUAAAGCUCGGGGGGACUUUCAGAAACUGAGGGAGAAGCAGCAGCUGGAGGAGGACCUGAAAGGGUACCUGGACUGGAUCACCCAGGCCGAGGACAUCGACCCCGAGAACGAGGAAGAGGGACUGGAUGAAGAGAAGCCCAGAAACCUGAGCAUGCCCACCAGCGAGAACGAGUCGGUCAACACGGACAACGCACCUGCCGGGGACAUGGAGGGGGAGACCUGCUGUACCAGGCUGGCAAAUAGGAUCUCCAAAUCCAAGUUCAGCCGGUACUCGCGACGGUGGAACCGGCUGUGUCGUCGGAAGUGUCGAGCAGCCGUGAAGUCCAACGUGUUCUACUGGCUGGUGAUCUUCCUGGUCUUCCUCAACACGCUGACCAUUGCCUCCGAGCACCACCGGCAGCCUGAAUGGCUCACUGAAGUGCAAGACAUAGCGAACAAGGUGCUGCUGGCCCUGUUCACGGGGGAGAUGCUGCUGAAGAUGUACAGCCUGGGCCUGCAGGCCUACUUCGUCUCGCUCUUCAACCGCUUCGACAGCUUCGUGGUGUGCGGCGGGAUCCUGGAGACCAUCCUGGUGGAGACCAAGAUCAUGUCCCCGCUGGGCAUCUCCGUGCUGCGCUGCGUGCGCCUGCUGCGCAUCUUCAAGAUCACCAGGUAUUGGAACUCUCUGAGCAACCUGGUGGCCUCCCUGCUGAACUCUGUGCGCUCCAUUGCCUCCCUGCUGCUGCUGCUCUUCCUCUUCAUCAUCAUCUUCUCCCUGCUGGGCAUGCAGCUCUUUGGCGGGAAGUUCAACUUUGAUGAUACGCGACGCAGCACCUUUGACAACUUUCCCCAGUCGCUGCUCACUGUGUUUCAGAUCCUGACAGGUGAGGACUGGAACUCAGUGAUGUAUGACGGGAUCAUGGCUUAUGGAGGGCCGUCCUUCCCGGGAAUGCUGGUGUGCAUCUACUUCAUCAUCCUCUUUAUCUGCGGAAACUACAUCCUCCUGAAUGUCUUCUUGGCCAUCGCUGUGGACAAUCUUGCAGAUGCAGAGAGUCUGACGUCAGCCCAGAAGGAGGAGGAGGAGGAGAAAGAGAGGAAAAAGCUUGCCAGAACUGCCAGCCCAGAAAAGCGAACAGACAACGAGAAACCACCACUGGAGGAGGAGAAGAAGGAGGAGAAGAUUGAGCUGAAAUCCAUCACUUCAGACGGGGAGACUCCCACUGCCACCAAGAUAAACAUUGAGGAGUUCCAGGGGGAUGAAAAUGAAGAGAAGAAUCCCUACCCUGCUAACGACUUCCCAGGGGAGGAAGAGGACGAGGAGCCGGAGAUGCCGGUGGGGCCGCGGCCACGCCCUCUCUCGGACAUACAGCUGAAGGAGAAGGCCAUACCCAUGCCAGAGGCCCGUGCCUUCUUUGUGUUCACUCACACUAACAAGUUCAGGGUACUUUGUCACAAGAUUGUGAACCACAACAUCUUCACCAACCUCAUCCUCUUCUUCAUUCUACUGAGCAGCAUUUCACUGGCGGCUGAAGACCCUGUGAAGAACGACUCCUUCAGGAACCAGAUACUAGGCUAUGCAGAUUACGUCUUUACAGGACUGUUCACGAUCGAAAUUAUCUUAAAGAUGACAGCAUACGGAGCCUUCCUUCACAAGGGCUCUUUCUGUCGCAAUUACUUCAACAUCCUGGACCUGGUGGUGGUCAGUGUGUCCCUCAUCUCCUCUGGGAUCCAGUCAAGUGCCAUUAACGUUGUGAAGAUCCUCAGGGUGCUGCGAGUGCUGAGGCCCUUGAGGGCCAUCAACAGAGCCAAGGGCCUGAAACAUGUGGUCCAGUGUGUCUUCGUGGCGAUCCGCACCAUCGGGAACAUCGUGAUCGUCACCUCCCUCCUGCAGUUCAUGUUUGCCUGCAUUGGAGUACAGCUCUUCAAGGGGAAGUUCCACAGCUGCUCCGACAGCUCCAAACAGACAGAGUCUGAGUGCAAGGGGUCCUAUAUCCUGUACAAGGAUGGAGAUGUAGCCAAGCCCGAGAAAGACAAGCGCACAUGGGAAAACAGCGAUUUUAACUUCGACAACGUGCUCCAGGGCAUGAUGGCUCUCUUCGCAGUCUCCACCUUCGAAGGGUGGCCAACGCUCCUGUAUCAAGCCAUUGACUCCCACACCGAGGACAUCGGGCCCAUCUACAACUACCGCGUGGUGAUCUCCAUCUUCUUCAUCAUCUACAUCAUCAUCAUUGCCUUCUUCAUGAUGAACAUCUUCGUAGGUUUCGUCAUUGUCACAUUCCAGGAGCAGGGAGAGCAAGAGUACAAGAACUGUGAGCUGGACAAAAACCAGCGUCAGUGUGUGGAGUACGCCCUAAAAGCUCGUCCCCUGAGGAGGUACAUACCCAAAAACCCAUACCAGUACAAGGUGUGGUACGUGGUGAACUCCACCUACUUUGAGUACCUGAUGUUCACCCUCAUUCUGCUCAACACCAUCUGCCUGGCCAUGCAGCAUCACGGCCAGUCUACAUCCUUCAACAAGGCCAUGAAUGUGCUCAACAUGCUGUUCACUGGCCUCUUCACCGUGGAGAUGAUCCUCAAACUCAUAGCCUUCAAGCCGCGGGGGUACUUUAGUGAUCCUUGGAAUGUAUUUGACUUCCUCAUCGUAAUUGGCAGCAUAAUAGACGUCAUUCUGAGUGAAAUCAAUCAUUAUUUUGUUGAUGCAUGGAAUACGUUCGAUGCCUUAAUAGUCGUGGGUAGUGUUGUUGAUAUAGCGAUCACUGAGGUUAACCCAGCUGACUCCACCUCGUCUUCCCAGUCCCCCAUGGUAAGACCAAUGGGACUCCAAAACACUGAAGAUAAUUCCAGGAUCUCCAUCACCUUCUUCCGGCUAUUCCGAGUGAUGAGGCUGGUGAAGCUCCUGUCCCGGGGGGAAGGCAUCCGAACCCUGCUCUGGACCUUCAUCAAGUCCUUUCAGGCAUUGCCCUAUGUAGCCCUGCUCAUUGUGAUGUUGUUCUUUAUCUACGCUGUUAUUGGAAUGCAAAUGUUUGGUAAGAUUGCCCUGAGGGACGGCACUCAGAUCAAUCGGAACAACAACUUCCAGACGUUUCCUCAGGCCGUGCUCCUGCUUUUCAGGUGUGCGACAGGAGAGGCAUGGCAAGAGAUCAUGCUGGGCUGCACCCCCAUGAAGCCGUGCGAGGAGGGGUCGGGGGUCGGCCACGUCAACGAGGACUGCGGCAGCCAUUUUGCCAUCAUCUACUUUGUCAGCUUCUACAUGCUCUGUGCCUUCCUGAUCAUCAACUUGUUUGUCGCUGUCAUCAUGGACAACUUUGACUACCUGACGCGAGACUGGUCGAUACUGGGGCCUCACCACCUUGAUGAGUUCAAAAGAAUCUGGGCGGAGUAUGACCCAGAGGCCAAGGGGAGGAUUAAGCAUCUGGACGUGGUGACGCUGCUUCGCAGAAUACAGCCACCCCUGGGUUUCGGGAAGCUGUGCCCCCAUCGAGUGGCCUGCAAGCGGCUGGUGUCCAUGAACAUGCCUCUGAACAGUGACGGCACCGUCAUGUUUAAUGCCACCCUGUUUGCUCUGGUGCGGACCGCACUGCGCAUCAAGACAGAAGGUAACUUGGAGCAGGCAAAUGAGGAACUUCGGGCAAUUGUUAAGAAGAUUUGGAAGAGAACCAGUAUGAAGCUACUAGACCAGGUUGUGCCACCUGCAGGAGAUGACGAGGUGACCGUUGGGAAGUUCUACGCCACCUUCCUUAUCCAAGAAUAUUUUCGGAAGUUCAAGAAGCGCAAAGAGCAGGGCCUGGUGGCUAAAGUCCCUCCAAAGACAGCUCUCUCACUACAGGCGGGACUGCGGACGCUCCACGACAUGGGGCCGGAGAUCCGCAGGGCUAUCUCAGGUGACCUGACCGUGGAAGAGGAGCUGGAGAAGGCCAUGAAGGAGACUGUGUCGGCCGCUUCCGAAGACGAUAUCUUCAGGCGGGCAGGUGGUCUCUUCGGCAACCACGUCAACUACUACCACCAGAGCGACGGGCGCGGCUCCUUCCCCCAGUCCUUCACCACCCAGCGGCCGCUCCACAUCAGCAAGACGGGCAGCCCCGGGGACGACGUGUCCCCGUCCCACGAGAAGCUGGUGGACUCCACCUUCACCCCCAGCAGCUACUCCUCGUCCGGCUCCAACGCCAACAUCAACAACGCCAACAACACCGCCAUCGGCCGCUUCCCCUGCCCCUCCAUCAGCACCGUGGACGGGCACAGCGGUCCUCCCCUCACCCCUGUCCUGCUGCCCCGUGCCGCCUGGCACUUCCCCACCAAGAGGACGCGUUACUAUGAGACCCUGCUGCGCUCGGACUCGAGCGACAGCCGCCUGCCCAUCAUCCGCCGGGAGGAGGCGUCCACGGACGAGGCGUACGACGAGACGCUCGUGGACGAGAGGGACUUCCGCGGCGAUCAGGGCAUACUCUCCUCUGAAAUGCUUGUGUAUCAGGAUGAAGAGAGCAAACAGUUGGCCCCCAUGGAGGAGGGUGAUGACAGUGAAGAAAGGAGACCUUGGCAGUCCCCAAAAAGAGCCUUCCUGUGUCCCACAGCACUAGGCCGAAGGUCUUCCUUCCACUUGGAAUGUCUGAAGAGGCAGACGAGGACAGACGUCUCCCAGAAAACUGCACUACCGCUUCACCUGGUCCACCAUCAGUGUCUCUCUCUUCUCUCUCUCUCAGUCCUCCUCUGCAGGUUGAGUCCCCCUUCCUCUCCGACGCCUCUUCACGGACUGUCUCCCUCCGCCCGUCUCAGUCCGUGGCUCCGGGGCCCGGCGUACCAGCGCGUGCCCACGUUCUGCCUGGAGGGCUCCGGCUCCUACGAGAAGCUCAACAGCAGCCUCCCGUCGGUCAACUGCGGCCCCUGGUACAGCGACAGCAACGGGAACAGCACGGGCCCCGCCCAGCGGCCCCCCAGGCCCGUUUCGCUCACCGUGCCCCCGGUGACCGGGCGGGACUCUCCCAUGCUGUCCCACGGCAGCGCCGGCAGUCUGGUAGAGGCGGUUUUGAUAUCUGAAGGCCUCGGUCGGUACGCGCAAGACCCGUCCUUCAUCGAGGUGACGAAGCAGGAGCUGGCGGACGCCUGCGACAUGACCAUCGAGGAAAUGGAGAACGCCGCCGACAACAUCCUCAAUGGCAACACCCAGCCCAGCCCCAACGGCAACCUCCUGCCCUACAUGCACUGCAGAGACCACGGCGAGCAGGAGUCGAGCCUCCCCGAGGGGCUCGCGGGGGCCGCCGGCGGGCAGGGGGAGGAGCUUAUGGCCGGCGCUCAGCCGGGCCUGGAGGAGGAGGAGGAGGAGGAGGAGGAGGAGGAGGGGGAGGAGGGGGAGGAGGAAGAGGACAGGGCCUCUCUGUCAGGCCAUCGGGAUUGUGGGUUACUAGAAGACGACGACAUGGAUUGUGUCACUAGUUUGUAGGAACAGCAGCACAGAGGUCUCUCUCUCUUUCUCUUUAUCUCUCUUUCCCCCCUUCUCUCUCUCUCUCUCUGUAGUUCUGCCGGAGGUGCGACGUUGAGAUGUUGGCGGCCAAUUGUUUUUAGCAUUUUUAUUUAUUUAUUUUAAUUCAGCGUUUAAUUGGUUGGUUUUUCUGUGAAUUUGUGUGUGCGCGCAUGUCUGUGAGCGUGCAUAUGUGUGCAUGUGAGUGUGUGUGUGUAUCUGGGCGUGUUUCAAAAGUGCCUCACAGAUUUUAUGCUCUUGAACGAUGGUUUGGGGCAGAGAUGGGAAAGCAAAAAAGAAAAAAUUGGAGGAAGCAAAAUGAAUGUCUGUAUUUGGCUUGUAUAUGUUUUUGUUCGGUUUAUUUUAGUUUUUCGGAUUUGUUGCUGGCCACCAGGAAGGAUUAUCUAGGGCAGGCUGAGCGCCCAUGAGAUUGUGCUGGUCAGUUUCCACCAGGUGUUCAGAUGUCGGUGUGCCUCUUCACAUAAGCUGCUGCCAGCGUUUUGCUGAAGAACAGGAAAACAACCUUUUCCUCUGCAUCUUCUUCUUCUUCUUGUACUUCAGAGCUGCAGCACAAUCAGCACCAAAAGGCUCUGUUGGCUGCUGGAUGCCGGCACGGGAAAGGGGAAGCGCGAAGCAGGAGAGGCGAGAGAGGGCCGUGUUCUUUGGACCCUCCGUUUUAGGAAACGAAAGGCGCGAAAGACGUUGGACUGAACAGGGAGAAGCGCAAAAUGAGGAGACGCUGUGAAGAGGGAGCAGAGGGGUGCUGGGAUUCAGGAUCUGUCUACCCUGAUCUCUGUCCUCUUUCACCACGCUGUCCAUCACGGCAGCCACUUCCUGUCUCGAACAGGAAGGAAUAGGACUAAACUAAAGCUGGACCUAACAGGGACAGCACCAUCUGCUGCCAUAUACCUCGACUUUUCAUCCCAUUCUCCUACAUUUUGGUUGUUUUUUUGGGUUUUAGUUCUUUUUUUUUUUUAGGUAUUUUUUUGACCUGCAUUUGACCCGUCCUGCAUUUGGAGAGCAGGGGGUUGGGAAGAAGGGAGGUGGAGGUAAAGUUGGAAGUUGUGGAAGUCAAUCUGAGCCCACAGCUAGAGACUCCUCCACCCGCAACCAUCACCUGUUCAGUGAGGAAGUAUCUGUCCAAACGGCCAAGUGGAUGCAGGCAAUCACACAUGCGUCAAUAUCCAAAAUUAGAGAUUGUAUAUUUAUACAGUGCAGUGUUGUGCAGAAUUUAGAGACCAGCCUAUGUUUUUCAUUGUUUCAUUUGUUUUAAUUCCCAAAAGUUUUGGGUGUUGUCCCUAAUCAGUUCUUGCUUGAUUUAUUUAGGAGAUAUUAAGAAGUUAAGUAAUCAACCUGUGGCCACAGGGUUUAGUGUUGUAUUAAAGUGGGAAACUUCUUUGUCAGUAUACACCAUUCAGAUUGUAUUUAUUUAUUUAUUUUUUUCCCUGGAAAAAAAAGGUUGGAGUGUGUAAAUUUUUCUUGCUGUUAAAAGACAGUAGAAGUAAAAGUUUAAGGCAGCUGAAGUCUGGUGUCUUUCCCACCAGGACCGAGAUGGAUACUUCCAGAGCUGAGCACUCUGAUGCUGUCUUCACACUUUCUGAAUAUUCUUCUGAAUAGUGAACUGCAGAGGUCACCCAUAGGCGGCCAUAGGGGCUGUACAGUAGAGAAAGGACCCGAUUGGAGGAAAUCUGCAGAGGUCAAUGAGAUGUGUAAUGCGUGAGCACUGCUGCCGCUCUAACCUUUCCAAGCUGUUCAAUCUUUAUUCAAAUAAUACUGUGUGUUAUUUAAUUGAUUGUGAAUGGGGGGCUGUCCGCAUUGAGGGAAAACCAGUGCAGUAGCCCAGCAACUAUACCUAUGAAUUAGGUUGUCAUCAGCAGGUAAUGUGGAAAAUGUACCGCGCUGUAAAUCUCAGCACGCAGUUUAGACGAAAGCCAAAGGGAAAUGUAAUUUUGUGCAUUGUGGGAAAUUGUGUACUUUGAGAAGCAGGAGGUACAUUAUGAAUUGGGUUUGGUUUGAUUAAAGCUGUCUAAUGGAGUUUACAGGGCUAAAUAUUAUUAUUAUUAUUAUUAUUAUUAUUAUUAUUAUUAUUAUUAUUAUUACUCCAAUGUUUGUGUUAGGUUUCUCUGCUUUGUCCAACACUGUGUGUGUAUACGAAAUACACACAAACUCUGAAAAACAGUGGCAUAGUACAUGUGACCCAGAAUGAUUUAUCAAUUAUGCAAAUAUGAUAUUCCAGUGUUAUUGACAAUGCUGUUGUGUGAUUGAUGAUAUUAUGUAAUUAGGACCUGGAUUUGCCAUCUAUAUAAAGUAUGUAAAGGGAUUAAGCUUCCACUUGAAGAAAUCACAUUUGUGCAGCAUCAACACAUGAACAUAGUUGUUUUUGUUUUAAAUUAAGCAGACAUUUUAGAAUGAGGUUGAUAUCAUUACAGUGACAAAAAAGAUAUUGCAUGUUGGAGUGCGACAGUGUAAUUUGUUUGAUUCUUGGUCAUUUCAAUGUCUAAUUUGUGGAUCUUUGUUUUAUUUUGCAUUUGACAAUUGCAGUUAUUAAACUUUCAUAGGAUUUUGGUUUAUUUAUUUUUCUUUAAUUCAUCACAUGUCCAAUUUACUGAUGGGUGCAAUACUGUCUGGUUCCCCUGUGAAUUAUCUGUGAGCCUGUGAGCUGUCUUUGAGAUUUUUCUUUCAAGUGACAUACCAUCUGUUUUCUUUUAUAAGCUACAAUUGUUCAAUUGUAGCAAGGUGUCUUCAUAAUGGUUUCUUCUCAGUAUUGCUAUGUGUAUAACAGUCCAAAACUUAUAAACUAUCAAACAUGUAGCCAGUUGUCGUUCCCCCCAUUUUGUAUAAUUUUGGUUUGGGUUUUUUUGUUGUUGUUGUUGUUUUCCCCCAAAAAACGAUUCUGCCAUUUUCAAAAUUAAGUGGCAUCCCCGAUUGGCAUGUCUGAAAUCACUGAUCACUGUCUGUGGUUACAGUGUGUGUCUGUCAGUAGGUGUGAGUGGGGUUGUAGGGAUGUGCCCUAUUGGGGGGUGUGGGACACUCUGCUUACCUGUGUGUGUGGGGUCUGAGGAGGAGGAGUGUGUGGAUGCACACCUGCAUUCCACAAGAUAUGCAAAAACAAUGCAAUAACGUGUAUGACUGUAAAUGAGUCUCAAAAAAAGAACUAGCUGUAUAAAAAUGAAGAAGGUGAAAAAAGAUCAGAUAAUAUAUUCAGAGUUGUUUAUUGAGUUUCAGAUCUUUAAAUUGAAGAAACCUGUUAUACUUGAAAUUGGGUGCAUUUCAGUAUUUAAAAUAUCUUGUGCCAGUUAUUUUUGAUUUUAUUCUGUUUUAUCUUCUCUGACUGAUAAAUAUUAUACUGUUAAUUAAAUUCACUAGUUGUAUAUGCAUGGGAUUCAUUUUAGUAUUUUAGUGUGCCAAGUAGUGUGCCAAGUUACGAUUUUAGUGCUUUUUAAACUGGGGAUGGAUCACAAAUAAAUGGAAGAAGACCAAUUGUUUUAUUUUUUUGUAAAAUAAAGAAAAACUUGGAAAUGUAAAUAGUCUAGGUACUUGGGGGAGACAAUAUAUACAUGCUUGAUGUUAACUGGUUUUGCAUAUCUUGUGUUCAUCCAGUUUGAAGAUGGCUGUACAUUUCUUUAAUUGAAAACGGUCUCUCCUUAUUUAUUCUAUACUGCAUCUUCCUCUGGUAGGUGGAUCAAACAGUUAAGGUAAAAUACCUGUUUUAUGCCUCCCUGUUUCCUCUCUCUUUUUCACACAAAUACUUCACACAUGCGUUUUGGAAUUCUGAAUUUAGAAUUAAAAUCCCUCUCCCACCCACCCACUCAACCUGUUCCUGGAUUGGAUUUAAGACCAUUGAGAAGUUCUGUAAGGGGGAAUAAAUAAGACAUUAUGAGCAAUGUGGUAUUCUGAAACAAUGCAGCUAUGAUUUAUUAUGGUAUAGGUAAUGAAUAAGAGAGGACAAGGCAUUUAUGGAGAGAUUGUCACAGUAUGCGUUUUUUGUGUGAAACUGAUUCACUUAUGAUAAAACUCUGAAACUACGCAUGAAUGCACUUAGUGGCAUUUAGUGCUGACUUGCUUCAUAUUUCACUUGCUAUUCAGAGAAUGGUUACAAUGACGGAAGGUUACGUUUAACAUUAGGCUUAUAUUUCCCAUUAAUGCAAAAGAAAUUGUACUCUGUUGAUUGUUUUCAGUUAAUCAUUUGCUUCAGCAGUUUGCUAUUGUAAUAGCAAUCUGAUUCCACCCUUUGUGACCAUACAACCGUGCUUCAUUGUAACCCUGCUGUACAUUGAGGUGAAAAGGUAUGGAUUAGGUAAGAUUGGAGUUUUUUGUUGGUGUUCCAAAGUCAGUACUAUUGAUAUAAAGAGGGGAACAAACUAUGGUUGUGACACCCUGGUAGGAUGACUCAAGCCACUUGCUAUUGAACUCAAUGGUUUUCUCAUUAAUUCUUUUAAACAAUGACAAUCCAAUAAGAUUGUUAAAAAUGUGCGUAAUUGAAUUAUAGUGGAAGGAAAACUUGACUGGUGUAAAAUGGUUAUGAAAGUGUUAGGCACUCAAUUUUAAUUAGAAGGCAAACUUUCCAAACUUCUAUUUGUGUGGAGUUGUCUGCUGCCAACUUUUUAGCUUUUGUGGGUCCUGUUGGAACAAUUGCAUCUGUCACUUUGAAACAUUAUCUGUCUCACUUAAGUAGCUAAUGAUUGUAAAUUUUUACAGAGUAUAUAAAUUGAUAUGUAUAAAUGCAGUAUAUAAUUGUUCUAAAUGUCAGGAUAAGAGGUGUGUCACAGAUUAUUUUGAGAAUGUACUAAUUAGUGAAAUCUCUGGAUAAUUAUUGAAAUGAAUCAGGAAGUGAAAAUGUUAUUUAUAAUAGAAAUUUAGGAUUAAAUUUUGCUAUUUCUCAUCAACUCUACCCCUGGAUCUUGUUUGAUUGAUUGAAAAAUCAAUAGGGAAGUUGAUUGAAAAAUCAAUAGGGAAGUGAUGUGUGGCAAUGAUACAUUAUUAAUGUAAUGAGCCUUUUGACGAUUUCAUACAGCGGCUUUAUCUUUAACUUUUUCUCUUUUUUUUUUUUACCUUGGAGGGACUGUGCGAGUGAAGACCAUACAGUGUAUCUUCCAAAGCCAUUGUGCUAAUUGUAGUCUAGUCUCCUAUCUUUCUCCACCAGCUUGCCCAGAGCGUGUCACUUUCCUUCGUGCAGUCCAUACAGAAUCCCUGUCCAAGGGAUGAUCCUCAGUGUGGAACUUCUCUGUGUUUGGAAUGUCACACAUUCUACUGUGAUGCACAUUCUGAGAAUAUUAAGAGCCAUUUCAAACAUGCCUUUUCUAUUUUGAUGAGUCAUGGAUGAUGCCUAGUGGGGUUUUCAUGAUGUCUGUCAAUUAGUCUAUGGCACAUUUGAGAAGGUAUGUAAGGAUGUUGGUGGGAAAGGAAGUUGUACAACUAACUGAGAUGCAAUUAACGAUUGAAACACCAGAGAGAAUAGACCAAAAAUACAAAUAUUUUCACAUACUGUACAAGCAAAAAUCAUCUCCAUGCUAUUCCCACUCACGCACAGGAAUACCAUAAACGCCCUGAUGAUGUCAGAGACUAUAGCUUGGCUGUAUCAGGAAACAGUGUACGUCAUCCCUGUUUUCCCAUUUUUUUAGAACGGGGCACAAAUGCACAAAUGAGUUUGGUUUUUAGAUAUUUAUUUUCAAAAACUGCACCAAAAAUCAGAAUAGUGGAUGAUUGUGACAGUGUGUUCCACUUCCUCUUCCACAUUCUCUUUCCAUGGUAUGUUGUAGAGAGCCUAAAUGUGUAGCUUUUUAUGAGGGAGACAUCAGACGUUUGUCAUUUGACUACCUAUAUGUUUGCCUUUAAGAGAUCAUGUCCAUGUAGCUUAAAAUGAAAGAAAAUGAAGGCUUCAUCUAUUUCAAGUGGACAGAAAAAAAUAACAGGAUGGCCAAUGCAGUGCAGAAUUCUGUGCAAACCUAACUCAUCUUGGGUUGUUCAAAUUUAUUUUCUGUCUUUUAAUUGAGGUUCUUGGAUGAUGUUAACAAAGAUGAUCUUCUUGCUGUGGUAUGAAUACUCCAAUAAUAUUUUGUCACUAUAUUUGCAUUACACUUUAUCAGAUGUGCAUCUAUCAUAACAGAAAUUUAUUAUUUUUCUUGUAAAUGGAUUGUUAUUGAUCAUUUUGAUCUGAACUAAAAUAUUUUAAGAAAAUAUUGAAAAUAUAAACUUUAUUUUCAUUUUUUAGCUGAAUCAAAAUGUAGUAGUGCGUACAUGAGACCCAGACUUCCCUUUUUGAAAAACAAAAAAAGAAUGAAAGAAUAUCAUGUUCUUUAAAUGUUUUCUUGUUUCUCAUUGCUGUUGCACCUUCAUGUGUAUUUUAACAUUUAGGAGUGCAUUAUUUUAUGGGGAAACAAGGCUAAAAAUAUCUAAUGCUUGUGCAUAUGCAUAUUAUUAAUGUACAUUAUUAUUUUUUAAAUGGAGAUGAGAGGUGGUCGGAAAUUUGGAUGGCAUGUUCAUAAGUAGGAGAAAGAGGUUUGUGGUUUGAAAGAUUUUAAAAGAUAAACUUUUCACCCAGAUAAAAACUGCCAAUUGCAAUUGAGAUACAACCCCUGCUAUUCUUUACCCUGCUAAAUAGGGGCUGUGCUCGAGUGGGGUGCAUCUAAACUCUAAACCAAACAUUAAUGUGGGCAUUUAUGUCAAGGGCAUUCCCAUACUGGGACGUUAUCACAGACAAUGCUUCUCUGUUUAUUCAAGAUGAAUGUUUCCCACCUAAAAGCCUGCUUUUGCAAUGUUUCUUACUUUGCUUGCAUGUCUGUGUUUGGGUUUGGGUUUUGUUACUAGUUCACACUGUAGUGAAAUCGCUUGUGGUUGGAUUUUUUUCACUCAGGGUUGCUUGUGACUGGUCAGGAAGGAAGCAGAUGGCGGACUGAGAAUGUUUGCAUGUAUUAAUGAAAUUGAAAGCAUGCUCUGUCUCACUUUUAAAGUGCUUUAGAAAAUAACCCUGAUCUACUGAAUCUGUAUGGGAUUAUUAUUUAGGCAAACCAAUGGAAAUCCCUCCCCAUAAAGACUCCCUUAUGAGAUACAUUGGUUAUUUAAAAAGACAGUAUUUUACCCAGUUUACACAGUCAGUAUAAUCCUAGUGUACCUUUCAGUAUGUUUUAUUCUAAAAUGACUGUUAUUAUUAUUAUUAUUUGCUGUUGUUAAUGUUGUUUAUUGUUGUUGUGGGAGUGGAAAGAGCACUAGUAAUGCAAUAAUCAGCAUUUGCAUAAAUUAAAAUGAUUUGCACGCCAGCCAUGAUACAUUGUUGCAGAUGCUGGCUCUACAUUUCCUUUGCUUCCAUAAAUGUGAGGGAACAUAUACCUUUGACCAUUUUUCAUCAAAGCAAACAUUUUUUUUCAAAGACAGAUUCAUUUUUUAGUUAGUGUCCAACCAAAUGCCACUUUGAUGUCUGAAUGUUCAGUUUCAUUGUUUUUCAAUUACAGAUUUGGUUUAAAGUAUUGUCAUUAGAAAAAAUCCCACAUUCAUGUGGCCAUUCUGAGAGUUAUAAUGUAUUUGCACAAUUACUGAGAAUGCUUGACAACAAGCAGCUUACACGGUCUCUGUCCAGAUCUUAUUUUUCUUAGCUCUUUAUCUAGGGUCUGCUAUUCAUAUAUAAGCCUCUUAGAUUUAGUCUUUUUGAGUUAACGCCUCUUCAUUUAUAAUGUUAGACAAUAUCCACACAGAGCUGAUGAGAGUUGUUUAUAGAUGCACAUACAAUAGGAUAGGUUGAGAUGAGGAAUUAUGGUUGUUGUAGUUAUGGUCAAUGGACCCAUCCUCAGACAUGUUGCUUCAGAAAAAGGUGAUCUCUUGUUGUCAGAGACAGAAAUGCAUGCCAUGUCAUGGUUCUUGUCCAGGUUUCUUUUAUUAUUCUAAGCUCAGGCUCAGUAGCUCAUGCAAAAAAAGGAAGAAAAAACUCAAUAAAUCCAAGCGUAGAUGUUGUAUUUCAGCUUCAAAUUUGGUUUGUGUUUCUAAACAGGCUUUUUUUUUUUUAAAUGUGUACCACCAACAACAACCAUGCAUUGUGAAUUUUAUUAUUGAGUAGUGAGAGCAGUAUUAAACACGUACAAUAUUGGAGAAAUUGUUGAUAAGAUAGUGUAUUGUUCACGUGGUUGCUUUGGCAUACAGUGUUGCGAUCAGCUUUGUUGGCUCAGUUGUCUGAAUGUGUAAUGGGUAAAUUGUAGUUUUGAAGUUGCUACAUUGACUUGCCCUAACCCCACCUGCUCUCUCUUUCUCCUGCAAGAGAGGCCCUGCAUGGUUUUCCAUUGCUGUCUGCUCUCUUUAGAAUCCUUUGCAUUCUCACAGUCCUUUUUCUUCUUUCUUCAUUUUUUCAUUCUUUCAUUUAAAUUUUAAAAAGGGAAAGAAUAGAAUACAAAAUCUGAAAAUUCAAUCACUUUUCUACUCUUAUUUUCAAAAAAAGGAAAAUUUUACAAAAAAAGUUUAUUUGUAAAUAGAUGAUGUACAGUUUGUAUCUGUAACUGUCAGUCUGUCUUUGGUGACAGAGUCUGUCUUGCUUAUAACGCACGCUACCAGUAAAUAAAAAAGGAAAAAAAUAUAUUUAGACUGUAUGGUCCUUGAAAGCAAGUUUUAAAUUAAUCUCUGAUGUAUAUUCCUGUAACAUUGCAUUUUUAUCUAAGGAAUGAUGUUAUUAAAAAAUGCAAAUAAAUUGAAUUUCCUA